AUUCACCUAAAUUAGAAUAAUUAGUGAAAUUGUGGGCUUUGACAAAAAAAAUCUUCAUUUCUUUUAUAAGAUGUGGCCCACGUUUGUUGUGGGCCCUUAGAUUAUACAGUAACUAAACACAUGGGCCCAAGUCCCAAAACCUUAUUCCUAUUGGACAAAGUUGUGUUAAUUAUGCCAAUAUCAUCUUCUUCCUAUAUAAACAACACUUUUGCACCAUAUUAGUCAUAAAAAAAAUCUUUCCUCCCUUCAGCAAAGAGAACUACAAGUGCAUGCCCUGGCAUAAGCAAGAAGAGUAUAGCACAAUAGCUUUGUGGAUAACAAUGUCAUCGAGUCGAAAAUCGUUAUCAUCGCGAUGUCCUAGGGAAGAUGAGAUUAGUGAACUAAUCUUCAAACUGCAAGCAUUGCUACCAGAGAGAAGGUGUAGGCAUUUAAGGAGGGUUUCAAGGGAUGAAGUUCUGGAAGAAGUAUGCAGCUACAUCAGGAAACUUCACAAACAAGUAGACGACACGAGUGAAAGAAUUUCUCAGUUGCUGGCUUCUACAGACCUUGAUGCAGAUGUUCUUAGAUCCCUCUUGCAGCAGUAGUCCCUCCUCCUCCCUCUUUGUUGGUGUAAUUUAUAAAUUGUUGGUGUAAUAUAAGACAAUAUUAUACAUCUAUGUAACCUUAAUUGAAGUACAUAACUAUAUUAAAACGAAAGAAAACUGGACUUUUGUACAUUUGUCUUGUUCUCAGUAAACAUGACAGUACUUCAUGCUUAAAAUAUUCGGUGUUAAGUUUAGUCUAUAAAGGGAAUGUUGAGUUGAUUAUUAAAAGUCCACCAAAUAUUAUAAUAAUAAUCCUGAUUAUCAAUCAGUUUUUAGAUAUCAAUUUAUAAAUCGGUAAGAAUUCUCCAAUAUAAUACAAGUAAAACAUUAAAACUUUAGAAAAAAAAAAAAAAAAAAA